AUGCCUCACUACAAAGAAGGAGACAAGGUCAACUACAAACCAGUUGGAGGUCCAACCUCGAAAACCAAUACUAGUGUUGGUGUCGUCCGUGAUACUUUGCCGGGCCGCAGCGCGGCAGAUAAUGAGCCGCGGUAUAAAAUCGAGAACAUGCACACCCACAAGAGCUCCAACAUCAAGGAGAGCAAUAUUGAGGGACCGGCGGAGUAA